AUGAUCCUCCUAUGGCUCUCCAGACUCCUCCUGAUUAUCCUGGCAUCAGUCCCUCGACCUUCGCUGGGAUGCCCCUCAGGCUGUCGCUGCUACAGCCUCACGGUGGAGUGCGGAUCUCUCGGGAUCAAAGAAAUCCCUCAGGGUGUCUCCUCUGUAACCGAGACAUUCUUCCUCCAGGACAAUGCUAUUGUGCAGAUCCGUCUUCAGGACCUCACUCGGCUGGGCAGCCUCCAUUACCUGUACCUCCAAAACAACAGUAUUUCAGCCUUGGAGCCCGGGGCAUUUCUCAGCCAGGGGCAGCUGCUUGAGCUGGCCCUCAAUGGUAACCUCAUCCAUCUGGUCACCCCAGACAUGUUCCGGGGUCUGGAGCACCUUCGAAUCCUCUACCUCGCCGGCAACCAGAUUACUCGAGUCCAGGAUUACACCUUCAGGGGGCUGCAGCGUCUGCAGGAACUCCACCUGCAGGAAAACAGCAUAGAGCUACUGGCAGAGCAAGCUCUGUCUGGCUUGUCAUCUCUGGCCCUGCUGGACCUCAGCCGAAAUCACCUCCGCACCUUGGGAGCCUCGUCACUCAAACCGCUAGUCAGCCUGCAGGUGCUCCGUGUCACAGAGAACCCAUGGCGCUGUGAUUGUGCUCUGGGCUGGUUGAGAACCUGGAUCAGCGAAGACGGUCAGCGUCUGUUGAGCUCUGCAGAACAACGUCGGCUGAUGUGCUCUGAACCGCCUCGCUUGUCCCACCUCAGCCUGGUUGAGGUUGCUCCAAACAGCCUGGUCUGCAUCCCCCCCGUGGUUCAGCUCGAGCCCAGCCACCUGACAGUGCGACUCGGGGAGAGCCUCCGUGUCUCCUGCCAGGCCUCGGGGUACCCUCAGCCUCAGGUGACCUGGAAGAAAUCUUCCCAUGGCAAGGCUCUGUUAUCGCCUCGAGGCCUGGUUCAAGAGUUGGGACCCAACGGUGAGCUCUUCAGGCCUGGAGCUGGAGGAGUGGUGACAGCCCUGCCAAGCAGCAGGGGGAUGAAAGUGGGAGGUGUGGGAGGACUUGUGCGUGGGACUGAGGAGGGAGGUGAGAGGGACAGCUUUGAUCCAGACAUGGGCAGUGGCAUGCUCUUCCUCAGCAAUGUGACAGUUGCGCACGCUGGACGCUAUGAGUGUGAGGCCUGGAACCCCGGUGGUGUGGCUAGAGUUACCUUUCACCUGGCUGUUAACAUGUCCUCCUCUUCAUAUACGUCUCAGUUCUGGCCUCGUUUAAACUCACACGCCUUUGUUUCCUCUUCAUCUAACUCCUUCUACCAGCCAGAGGUUCUGGAUGUGAGCCAGGAGCCUCUAUAUGAACAGGACAGCAUGGACUUCAAUGCUCUUGGCCCUGCCACGCAGACCGCCAUCGCUGUUGGCAUCUCCUUGCUGGCGCUCACUGCUGUUUUACUCUUGAUUAUGAUCUACACUCGCCACCAGCAGUACCGUAAAGAAGAAGGAGGCUCCUACUGUACGAGCAAGGAAGAGAGCAUCCUCUAUGUGAACGACUACUCUGAUGGACCCACCACCUUCGCGCAGCUAGAGGAGUACCGUGACGACCACGGCCACGAGAUGUACGUACUCAACCGAGCCAAGCCGGUAGGAUCCGCUUCAGCCAGGUGUCACAUGAUUAGCGGCUUUGUCCAGCAGACAGGUAUGAAGGAGGCUCUCCUGGACCAUGAAAUGGUGCAGACACUGACCAGGUCAGGGGGGAUGGGGCUACGAAGAAACCCAGCAGACGGCAGAGAGGGACCCCUAACAACAGACCCAGAGGAGCUCUUUCUCAGUCAAAGUCUCCUCUUCGGAUCACAGGUGGCCUAUGAGAUCCACUGCUAA